UUUAGACACGCCUUUAAAGACAACCGGAAACUUGUUGAUGAGGAAGGACUUGUUAGCAAAGCUAGCUGCAACCAAUCCUUUGUAAAAGUUUUCCUAGUAUUCAAGACUAAAGUCCUUAAAGUAAAAACCAUGUCGGGAUCAUCGAACAUAGUAGCGAUGAAGAAAGUCGUCCAGCAGUUACGCCUCGAGGCUGGCAUCAACAGAGUAAAGGUGUCCCAGGCCGCCGCAGACCUGCAGCAGUUCUGCCUCCAGCACGCCCAGCAGGACCCUCUGCUCACCGGCAUGUCAUCCAGCAACAACCCGUUCAGACCGCAGAAAGUCUGCUCGUUCCUAUAGCGAAGGCUGACAGACCCCUUCCCUCUGUUUAGACAAUUGUGGUGCCUUAAAAGGAACUGGGAUGCAGGACCUGCACCGUGGACUGGAAUUGUUUUGGGAGUGUUCACGAUUUUGGGAACAAGCAACUAACUUAAGAGUAUUUUACUUUUGCCAUUGUAAAAUCUCACACAGAAACAUUUCCUGGUGCUAAUGCAGCACGAUAAAUGUAACUUAACUUACUUGCUGACAAGUAACAGACCCAUUUUCAACACAACUGUGCCUUUUGAAUUGUAAUUUUUUUUCAUGCUUGAAUUUAAGAAUAAAUGGUGAUUCCACAUUAAA